CCUAAACAACCAAUCUCGCUUCUCCAUUUCUGGGUUUUCCAGUAUAAUUUUCUGAGCGCGCGUUAACAGUCGCGAAGUGAAGAGGAACGCUUCGCAGAAAACUGUGGGAAAUUUUUUAGUAAACGGGUUGCAGAGGUCAAAACAGUUACGGAAAUCUGCUCAAGUCCGGGUCUCCGGAUCUUAGAAUCGCGUGUUUUCAGGGCGCCAUGUUGCUAAUGCGUCACGUGACGACAGAGCAGUAGGUGAAUGCGCCGGGUCGUAUUCGCCAAACUUUGAUUAAAACGGUAUAAAAAUUAGCGCGUGCGACUUGUUACUACAACGAAAAGUUUCUCCGGUAUCAUGGAUCAACGUAAAUUAACAGAAUUACUGCGGGCGACGAUAGACCCCGCGCAGCAAAAGCAAGCGGAGGAACAGCUCAACCAGAUUCACAAAAUCAUAGGUUUCGCUCCUACACUUUUGCAAGUAGUGAUGAUGACCGAAGUCGAUAUGCCAGUUCGACAAGCAGGUGUCAUAUAUUUGAAAAAUUUAAUCACGUCAAACUGGGUAGAGCGGGAAACAGAAAAUGCCCCCUUACAAUUUAGUAUUCACGAGCAAGAUCGUGCCAUGAUACGUGACGCGAUCGUCGAUGCUGUAGUGCAUGCACCAGACCUCAUAAGAGUACAAUUGGCGGUAUGCAUUAGUAAUAUAGUAAAGCACGAUUUCCCAGGAAGAUGGACACAAAUAGUAGACAAAAUCACGAUUUACCUGCAAAAUCCAGACGCUUCCUGUUGGCCUGGCGUUCUCUUGGCUCUUUAUCAGCUCGUCAAAAAUUUCGAGUACAAAAAGGCAGAAGAAAGAGCUCCUCUUCACGAAGCUAUGAAUUUAUUGCUGCCUAUGAUUUACCAAUUGAUAUUACGAAUUCUACAAGAUCCAUCUGAGCAAUCCGUUCUCCUUCAGAAACAAAUACUUAAAAUAUUUUUCGCCUUAACACAGUACUCCCUCCCUCUUGACCUUAUAUCGAAGGAAGUUUUCUCGCAGUGGAUGGAUAUAGUUCGACAAGUAGCAGAUAGACCCGUACCCGCUGAAACAAAUGAUCCUAAUUUAGAUGACGAUGAACGUUCUGAGUUACCUUGGUGGAAGUGUAAAAAGUGGGCGCUUCAUAUUCUUCAAAGAAUGUUCGAAAGAUAUGGCAGUCCUGGAAAAGUAGUAAACGAGUACAAGGAUUUCUCAGAAUGGUACCUGCAAACGUUUAGCGGCGGCAUUUUGGAAGUUUUGCUCAAAAUAUUGGAUCAGUAUCGGAGGAAAGUUUUUGUAUCUCCGAGAGUUGUACAGCAGUCUCUUAAUUAUAUUAAUCAAGGAGUUUGUCAUGCGUAUUCAUGGAAAUUCCUAAAACCUCACAUGUUUGAAAUCAUUCGUGAUGUAUUGUUUCCUAUCCUAUCGUACUCUGCGUCGGAUGAGGAACUUUGGAACACGGAUCCAUACGAAUAUAUUAGAGUGAAAUUUGACAUAUUCGAGGAUUUCGUUUCUCCUGUAACCGCGGCUCAAACUUUAUUGCACGCAGCUUGUAAAAAGCGCAAAGAUAUGCUGCAAAAGACAAUGCAAUUCUGUAUGGAAGUUUUAACCAGUCCAAACGCAGAUCCACGGCAAAAGGAUGGUGCAUUGCACAUGGUUGGAAGCCUCGCGGAUAUUUUGUUAAGGAAAAAGGUCUACAAGGAUCAAAUGGAUAAGAUGUUAAUGCAGUACGUUUUCCCUGAGUUUAACAGUCCGCAUGGACACAUGAGAGCGAGGGCUUGUUGGGUGUUGCAUUACUUCUCCGAAAUUAAAUUCAAGCAAGAACUUAUUUUGAUGGAAGCAAUGAGGUUGACAAUCAAUGCUCUGCUAACGGAUCAAGAUCUUCCCGUGAAAGUCGAAGCUGCAAUAGCCCUCCAGAUGCUUCUUAUAGCCCAAGAGAAAUCUCAGAAAUAUGUCGAGCCUCUAAUUAAACAAAUUACGCUUGAGUUACUGAAUAUCAUCAGGGAAACGGAAAACGACGACUUGACAACUGUCAUGCAGAAACUCGUCUGCACGUAUCCUGAACAACUGAUGCCGAUUGCUGUCGAAAUUUGCCAACACUUGGCGACAACAUUCAGUCAAGUUUUGGAAACUGACGAGGGUAGCGAUGAAAAGGCCAUUACAGCGAUGGGUCUUCUAAAUACGAUAGAAACUCUUUUGUCUGUAAUGGAAGACCAGCCACAAAUAAUGGCACAAUUGCAGCCCACGGUUCUGCAAGUAAUCGCUCAUAUUUUCAAUCAAAGUGUGAUGGAGUUUUACGAGGAAGCUCUCUCGUUGGUAUACGAUCUCACGGGAAAGACGAUUUCGGAAGAUAUGUGGAAAGUACUGGAACUUAUGUAUCAGCUCUUCCAGAAAGAUGGCUUUGACUAUUUCACGGACAUGAUGCCAGCACUGCAUAAUUACAUUACCGUCGAUACAUCAGCGUUUUUAUCCAACGAAAAUCAUAUAUUGGCUAUGUUCAACAUGUGUAAGGCUGUUUUGAUGGGCGAUGCUGGCGAGGAUCCUGAGUGUCAUGCAGCUAAGUUAUUAGAAGUUAUUAUUCUCCAGUGCAAAGGACACAUAGAUCAGUGUAUACCCUCACUGGUUCAAUUGGUCUUGGAGCGUCUGACGCGCGAGGUAAAAACUUCCGAAUUGAGAACGAUGUGCCUUCAAGUAGUAAUCGCAGCUUUGUAUUAUAAUCCAGCCUUAUGUCUCGAGGCCAUGGACAGAUUACAAGGCACGCUCGGUCAGUCGGCAGAACCGAUAGCAUCACAUUUUAUAAAGCAGUGGAUACUCGACACGGAUUGCUUCCUCGGGUUACACGAUAGAAAACUUUGUGUCCUGGGUCUUUGUACUUUGAUCAGUAUGGGCCCUGCAAGACCAGCUGCAGUGAACGAGUGUUCUCGACAAAUUAUUCCUUCCUUAAUUUUGCUGUUUGAUGGAUUGAAACGAGCGUAUGCGGCGAAAGUUGCGGAAGGCGAGGACGACGAAAAUGACGAGGAGGAAACCGACAUUGACGAGGAAGUCCUGUCGUCGGACGAAGACGAAAUCGACGACGCUAGUCAAGAAUACUUGGAAAAGCUUCAAGAAAAAGUGUCUAAAGGCUCGGCUCAACAUGGUUUCAACGUGGGUUCUUACAUCCAGGACGGACUCGGAGACCACAAAUCUGACGAGGACGACGAGGAGGAUUCCGAAUACGAAGCAAACGAAGAGACUGCUCUUGAGACUUAUAUUACACCUUUAGACUCAGACGACACGAACCAAGAUGAAUAUGUCGUUUUUAAAGAAAUUAUGCAAAAUAUUGAAAAAACAGACCAAAAUUGGUACACAGCCCUUACGAACCAUUUAACAGCUGAACAACAAAAGACUCUUCAAGAAAUUAUUUUGUUGGCGGAUCAGCGCAAAGCUGCAUUAGAAAGCAAACGAAUUGAACAGAGUGGUGGUUACGCCUUUCAUUCCCAGACUGUGCCCACCUCGUUCAAUUUUGGGGGAACGCCGUUGGGUCGAUAAAGAAUUACGAAGUUUUAAUUGUAGACUAAGUAAGUAAAAAAAUUAUAAAGUAAACUAAAUUGUACGAUGGUAAGAUACAACUGUUAAUACGAUCACUUAGGAAGUCGUAUAGCAUUUCCUAUUUACUAUUUUUGUGUAAACUAAAUGUACAUUACGAAGACGGUCGGACUAAUUUGUAUUGUUCUGAAAGUCGUCUAUGCAAUCUCAUACGAUUGGUUGAAACAAUAAAAUCAGCUUCUGCAAUUCACAAUCGCAUGAUGAUUCCACACUUUGUUGUACAAAAGAUCCAAAAAUUAUAAUCACGUUAAUUCUCAAGUAGCAUUGCUUCCAAUCGAAUGGAUGCGCUUUUUUGUAAACUAUUAUACUAUUUUUGAUUUGUACGAUAAACGUAUACUUUUUAAACAACAAGAAAACAACACAAAGUGUAUUUUCUGUGAUUCUUUGUUUCGUGGUGAGUGCGCAUUUUGUUUUAGAAAAUUAAAUUUAACAAGAAUAGAACAGACUACUUACUGUUUUUAAUCCAAUGUCCAAUGAGCCAUUUACAUCUAAUUCAAAGUGCUACGUGUACUGUAAACUUGGAUCAUACUAUAUGGCAACGCAUGUUUCGAAAACACGAAAUACAAAAGUACGAACUGAACGGCAAGAAUUGUAAUUUAAACUUUUUACUCUGUAGAUACGUCUUAAAUGCUUUAUCUGCGUCUCUUGCACUCGUUGACUCUUCGAUUACCAAGCUAGAAUUAAUUGUGAAAAAGCGAACGAAUUAAAAAAAAAAAAAAAGAAACAGAAAAAAAAGGAAAAUGGUCGAUAAGUUUCCCAAGUCCUUAUUGACUGGUGAUUGAAGAGUGAAUUGUCUUUUGCGUAUCAGAAACUCGUUUUGUUACACCGUCGUCAAAAAAUAAAUAAAAAUACCGUCUCAUAAUCAGCAA